AUGACCAUGACGGUCUAUUUAGCGGGAGGUGCUGCUUUGGCUUUAGUCUUCCUACUGUUUGGGACUAAAGAAGGAUCAGCAUCCUUAUUAGAAUCCAAUUGUGGAACAACUACGUAUAUUCGUCCCAAGAUUUUUGGUGGUAAAGAUGCUGAUAUAAACUCAAAUCCAUGGAUGGUUUUGGUGAUCAGUGAGAAAAAUUGUGGCGGCUCGCUCAUUACUUCUCGUUUUGUUCUGACGGCCGCGCAUUGCUUAUUCAAUUCUCCAAUGUAUGUGUCAGAGUUUUUAUUUCUCCGUAGGUUUUCUAAACUUUCUUUUCGCAGGAAGGUGCGGUUGGGCGAAUACAAUACACAGAAUUCUGGGGUAGAUUGCACGCCAUCGGGAAAUUGCAUACCAGAAGCCUAUGAAAUUGAUGUCGAUAAAAAAAUAAUGCACAAGGAUUAUGGCUAUUUCACGGCGGACAUAGCUCUGCUUCGAAUGAAAAAUGAGGUGCAAUUUUCAGAAAAUAUUAGACCGAUUUGCCUUCUUGUCAAUAAGCAUAUGGAAAACAUUACACAAUUUAACAUAACCGGAUGGGGUAAAACUGAUGUAGGAAGUAUCCCAAGCCGAAUACUACAGACAGCCACUCAAUACAAAUUGGAUCACAGGCUAUGCAAGCGUAAAUUUGGGCAGCAGGUUGAUAAAACCCAGAUAUGUGCCGGUAGUUCCACUAGCGACUCGUGUGAUGCGGAUUCGGGUGGUCCAAUGAGCGCGGUGAUAGAUUACCAGGGAACACUUCGGCAUACCCAGUUCGGCAUUAUCAGCUAUGGAUCUGCGCAUUGUAGAGGAAUAGGAGUUUACACAAAUGUAUCUUACUAUAUGGACUGGAUCAGUAGUGUAAUCCAAAACUUUACAGUUUAG